AGAAGGGGAGAGAAAGAGAGAGAGGUGGCUGUAGCUCACAGUGAGGGAGUGUCGGAGUGUCGACGUGGAUGCAUUUCACUCUUUCACACUCCACACUUCCAAUCCCUGCACGCUGGAGGAGCGAGCGGGGAGGACCCUCUUCCACUGUGUGCGUUGUUGUUUUUUCCCCCGACAUUGAUCAACCGUUGCAGUCACUCGGAUAUACAGAGCAGUCCUCAGCCCGGCUGGAAGAUGGAUGUAUUGCUGCAUCUCAUUUGGCUUCACACUCUGCGAGUCUUCAGCGCUGCGUAUGCCGCUACUCACUAUAACUGCAACAGUCCUUUGGUGUCCAUAUUACCACAAUCAUCCUUCCAGAGCUCUUCACAGUCCUCCAACAGUUUCGCUGCUCACAACGCCAAGCUCAACAGAAGAGGUGGAGCAGGAGGCUGGUCUCCCAUGGUGACAGACCGGGAUCCCUGGCUCCAGGUGGACCUCAGGGACCAGAUGAAGGUGACAGCUGUGGCAACGCAGGGGUGCUCCAUCAGUUCAGACUGGGUCAGCAGAUACCUGCUGCUCUACAGUGACACAGGCCAGGUCUGGAAACAGUACAGACAGGAGGACGGAGGAGGGACUUUUGUGGGGAAUGUUAAUUCAGACGACGUCAUCCCGAACAAGCUGUCCCACUCCAUGAGAACCCGUUUCCUGCGUUUUGUCCCUGUGGACUGGAACCCCAGCAACUGGCUGGGCCUCAGAGUGGAGGUGUACGGCUGCUCCUACAAGUCAGAUGUGGCGGACUUUGAUGGCAGAAGCUCUUUGCUGUAUCGUUUCAACCAGAAGUCCAUGUCGACAGUGAAGGAUGUGAUCACUCUGCGCUUCAAAAGCCGUCAGGCCGAGGGGGUUUUGCUGCACGGGGAGGGACAGAGGGGAGAUUAUAUCACCCUUGAGCUUCACAGAGGAAAACUGGCCUUCUACCUCAACCUAGAUGACACUAGGCAGAGGUUCAGCAGCAGUUGUGUUGCCGUCACAGUUGGCAGUCUGCUAGAUGACCAGCACUGGCAUUCUGUCAUCAUUGAGCGCUUCAACAAGCAGGUGAACCUCACAGUGGACUCCCACACACAGCACUUCCAAACCCAAGGGGAAGGAGACUCACUGGAGGUUGACUAUGAGCUGAGUUUUGGAGGCAUCCCGCUGCCUGGUAAACCUGGCACAUUCCUCAGGAAGAACUUCCAUGGUUGCAUGGAAAACCUCUACUACAACGGAAUCAACAUCAUUGACCUGGCAAAGAGACGCAAGCCACAGAUUUACAGCGUGGGCAAGGUGACUUUCUCAUGCUCGCAGCCCCAGCUGGUGGCCUGCACCUUUCUGAGCUCCAGCAGCAGCUUCCUGUCGCUGCCGGUGGCAUCUGCCAUCAUGGGGGGAUUCUCCAUCCGCUUCCAGUUCAGGACUUGGAACCCUGACGGGCUACUGCUCUCCACGCAGCUGAGCCCAGAGCACCAGAGACUGGAGCUGCUGAUCAGCAACAGCCGGCUACUCCUUACUCUCCACAACUUCGGACAGCAAUUGGAGGCCUCAGCUGGUCACAGAGUCAAUGAUGGACUGUGGCACUCUGUGAGUCUGGAUACCAGGAGUCUACAGAUCACUCUGACUCUGGACAACGAGGCGGCAUCCACCAUUGAACAGUGGGAGCAACUGGAAGCCAGAGGUAGCUUCUACUUUGGAGGCUGUCCCCCAACAGGCUUUCAGACCCCGACUUUGGCCUUCCAGGGCUGCAUACGCCUCAUAGCCAUCAACAGCCAGCCAGUCAACCUCAAUCACAUCCAGCAAGGAUUGCUUGGAAAUUAUAAUGAGCUUCAGUUUGACACUUGCAACAUUAGAGACAGGUGUCUUCCGAACCUGUGUGAACAUGGAGGUCGGUGUUGGCAGUCCUGGACCUCCUUCUCCUGUGAUUGUUCGGGGACUGGCUACUCUGGAGCCACCUGUCACAAGUCCAUCUACGAAUCAUCCUGCGAGGCCUACAAGCUGAUUGGCAGCUCCUCUGGUUUCUACUCCAUAGAUCCAGAUGGGAGUGGCCCCCUGGGGCCAGCACUGGUCUACUGCAACAUGACAGAGGAGAGGGUGUGGACAGUGCUGACUCACAACAUCACAGCUCCGGUCAGAGUCCAGGGCUCGUCUCUGCAGAAACCUCACAUCAUGAUGUUAAACUACAGUGCCUCAGCCAAACAAUUGCGCACCAUCAUAACGGGGUCAGAGCAGUGCCAACAGGAAGUGGUUUACAACUGCAGGAAGUCCCGCCUCUUCAACACCAAAGAUGGCCGCCCGCUGUCCUGGUGGGUGGACCAGGGAGGAGAGAGGCGUAGCUACUGGGGAGGCUUCCUGCCUGGAGUCCAGCAGUGCUCCUGCAGCCUGGAGGAGAACUGCAUUGACAUGAACUACUUCUGCAACUGCGAUGCUGACAUAGACACAUGGGCUAAUGACACAGGAGUCCUCUCCUAUAAAGACCACCUACCAAUGAGCCACAUCGUGAUCGGGGACACCAACAGGACAGGCUCGGAGGCCAUCUACCGAAUUGGCCCCCUGCGUUGUUAUGGAGACAAGUCCAUCUGGAACGCAGCAUCCUUCUACCAGGAGUCAUCCUCCCUCCUCUUCCCCACCCUGCGGGCCGAGCUCGCCUUCGACAUCUCCUUCUACUUCAAGACCACUGCUAAUUCAGGGGUCUUUCUGGAGAUCAUGGGUCAUAAAGACUUCAUCCGAGUGGAGCUCAGCUCUCCCUCAGUGGUUACUUUCUCCUUUGACGUGGGAAACGGUCCAGCAGUCCUUUCUGUGAAGUCCCACCUCCCUCUGAAUGACAGGCAGUGGCACUACGUGAGGGCUGAGCGUAAUGUGAAGGAAGCCUCGCUGCAGGUCAACCAGCUCCCUCUCCGCUUCCUGGACGCUCCGGCUGACGGACACCGCCACUUACGCCUCAGUGGCCAGCUCUUUGUAGGUGGAACAGCGUCCCAGCAGAGAGGCUUCUUGGGCUGCAUUAGGACAUUGACUUUCAACGGUGUGACCUUUGACCUGGAAGAGAGGGCCAAGAUGGUGCCGGGGGUGAGCUCUGGUUGUCCAGGUUACUGCAGCAGCUCCAGCAGCCUUUGUCACAACAGCGGGAAGUGUAUUGAGAAAAGCAGUGGCUACACAUGCGACUGCUCGCAGUCAGCCUUUGGAGGACCCACCUGUAAAGAAGUGGUGUCAGUGUCCUUCGACAGAGAGUCCUCGAUGACCUUUACCUUCCAAGAGCCUUUCUCAGUGAUGCAGAACAGAAGCUCCCAGGCCUCCAGUGCUCGCAGAGAAAGCAUCAGCAGGGCCAGAGAGGAUGUGGCCUUCACCUUCAUCACCUCCCAGAGCCCAGCCCUGCUGCUGACUGUCAACACCUUCAGCCAGCAGUACGUCGCUGUCAUCCUGACUCACAACGGAAGUCUGCAGAUCUGGUAUCAUCUGCAGACACACAGGACCCCAGACGUGUUCAGUCCCAUCCUCAGCAGCCUGGCAGACGGACAAAUCCACCGAAUCAGAAUCCACCGUGAGGGCAAAGACCUCUAUGUACAGAUCGACCAGGACAUCCACAAAAAGUACACGCUGUCAUCUGAUGCAGAGCUGAUCUUAAUCAGAUCCUUGACAUUGGGCAAAGUCAUCAGAAGAGACAACUUCCAAGAGGAGGUACUUUUAGCAGGUUCAAAGGGUUUCAUUGGCUGUCUUUCCUCAGUCCAGUUUAAUAAUGUGGCUCCUCUAAAAGCAGCGCUGCUGAAUCGAGGGAGCUCAUUGGUCACCAUCCGGGGGCCACUGAUGCAGUCAAACUGUGGAGCGCUGGCAGACUCCAUCACAUCCAAAAAUCUGCGAGAUCAAACUGCAACAACAAAUAAAGAUAAGGAGCAGCAUGGCCCUGAUACUCAGAAUGAUGUGGCUGUAAUAGCAGGUGUGGUGACAGCGGUGGUGUUCAUUGCAGUUUGCAUCCUUGCUGUUGUGACCCGUCGACUGUACCUGCGACAGGCCCACAGGAGCAACCACAGCAUCAAGGAGAAGGAGCAUCCCCAUAAUGUAGAGACGGGAAACAGGACGGAGCUGCACCUCCAAAAUUCUGUCAGGGACAACAUGAAGGAGUAUUACAUCUGACUACAUGAAGGAGUACUACAUCUGAUAACAUGAAGGGGUGCUACAUCUGGCUAUAUGAAGGAGUACUAUAUCUAGCUACAUGAAGGACUACUACAUCUGGCUACAUGAAGGACUACUACAUCUGGCUACAUGAAGCAGUACUACAUCUGACUAAUGUAUCUGACUACUACAUCUGACAUACAUGACACAUACAUGAAGGAGUUCUACAUCUGAAUAUACAAAGGAGUACUGCAUCUUACAUGAAGGAGUACUACAUCUGACAGCGGCCAGUGCUCUGCAUACUUCUGUCAUACAUGGGGCAGACAGUUUAGAUGUGCUGUUGCAGCAUUGCUUAAAAACACAGAUCUCUGAGCUCCAGCCCCAGAGGCACCGUGAACACCAUGGACCUUCCUGCUGUGUGUGGACGUCACUGUGAAAGAUGGAACUGCUUUCAAAGCAGCAAAUGAGUAAAAGAGGAAGAACCUACUGCACCUCCGGAAUGUGCACAACAUCUUCUUACUAACUCCAAAUGCUGAAUAUUUCUCAAUUUUAGUAGAAUAUACUUACUGAUACCCGGAAAUCAAGAGAAGUAAGAUAUGCACACCUUAGCUACCGUCCUUUUUAGUUUGGUGGUGAAUGUUGUAGUGUUGACAGGGAAGAGGAACAGGGGGCCAGUCCUGUAUGAGUGCCUAAUUUGUCCACAAGUUUUUCUUUUAACAUUUUAGAACUUUUUAAAAAAAUUUUAUUUAAGAUUGGCACCACGGGAUUCCCAUUUCCAUAUGCAGGAGCUUGUUAUCUUUCAGCAUACAAUAAAAAAGAAAUGGAAAUAGAAAUAGAAAUUUGAUUCACUCAAUCACAUCAGCUAUUUGACCAUUAGGCCAAGUCUGUAUGUUUCUGUCACUGACCUGUUUUGCACUGCACUGUUCAAAGUAGUAUAAAAAUUAACAGACUAGAAAAACAAUUUAAAUAAUUAAAGCUGCAGAAGGUAACUUUUAUUUUAAAAAAAAACUUUUUGUUUGAUUUGCUGAAAUCAUAUCCUGAGGGUAGUACAUGACAAUGAUAAUCUGUACAUUAAUCACACUAUAGAACUAGAAGGAGGCAGAGGAACCUGAUUUUUUCACAGAUCAUCUGUCUCAUGUUUAUUUUUUGCUCUGUGCUCCAAUAACAGUUUAGCAAGCCUUUCCUGUACUUAGAUAUGCUAUGUGAUGCUAUGCUAUGCUAUGCUAAUCUAUGUUGAAAAGACAGCCACAUUUUGAAGAUGGAUAAAAGAUAAACGCAACAUACAGUAUACAUAGUCACACAUUAACUUAGCUAAUGUUAACGAAUCGCUAGCUAACUAGCGAGCUAAUCUACAUCCAUCAUCAACUAUAUAGUUAGCUGCCUAGUUAUAAAACAGCUUAUGACUGAUAUAGAUUAGCUGGCUAGUUAGUUACAGUUUUGCUUACAUUAGCUUGCUAUCUUAAGAUGUGGCUAUACUGUGUAUGUCACUUUUAUAUCCUCUAGGUUGUCUUUUUAGCAUAGAUUAGCCUUGCACAAAGCAUAUAAAAAUACAGAAAAGGAGAAAGUUGACUAAGGUUCCAAAAAAAGGCGGGACCUAGGAAGGGUCAAUUAUUUUCAACUCAGAGGUGUACCAUAUCUACAUAUUCAAUUCAAUUCAAUUUAAUUCAAUUCAAUUUUAUUUGUAUAGCGCCAAUUCAUAACAGAAGUUAUCUCAGGACACUUUUCAAAUAGAGCAGGUCUAGACCGAACUCUUUAAAACAUUAAUUACAGAGACCCAACAGUACCACCAUGAGCAAGCACUUGGCGACAAGGGCAAGGUAAAACUGCCUGUUAAAAGGCAGAAACCUAGGACAGAUCCUCCGGUUCUAGGUGGGUGGUCGUCUGUCUCGACCAGUUGGGGUGAGAGAGAGAGAGAGAGAGAGAGAGAGAGACAGACAGACAGGUGCACAGCAACAACAGUAUUGGCAAUGGCAAUCUAGCAGGACCAUGGCAGGAGGCUCCACCAGGAUCGAUAAGAACCUGCGAGACGAGAAAGCACAAGAACUCCGGGGAAGAAGUGGAGUUAGUAACAUGCAUUAAUGGAACAUGAAUGAGUGCAGAAAGACAGAGGAAGGGAGGAGCUCAGUGCACCAUGGGAAAUCCCCCGAUAGUCUAGGCCUAUAGCAGCAUAACUAAGGGAUGGUUCAGGACUCACCUAAAAUAUGCCAUAGCCUGCGUGUCCCAAUGGAAGGUUAAUUUUUUGGUUUAGAGCUGAUUAGCUCCACCCCUAGUGACUGAAUUCCAACGAGUAACCAGUAGCCAAUCAGGUUCACUGUCUCACCUUUAGACUUUUAGUUUUUAGUUUCAAUCAGUUUUGUGGUGAAGUCUGCAUCUCUCAGUAUUGUCAACUAGCAAAUCUUACAGCAACAGCCAGUGUUACUGUAUCUGUCAUUUUUGGCAUUACCGAGGCCAAUUACGCAAAAGGGCCAGAUGUUAGCUUAUGAUUAUCUGUUCAUUUAUUACUUAUUCGGAUCAAAGGGAUAAGUGUUUUUUGUUUGUUUUUUUGCCAUUUUACAUGUUUAUAUAUUAUAUAUAUAUAUAUAUAUAUAAAUAUAUUAUACAUAUAUAAUCAUUGAGUCAUGUCAUGUGAUUACUUCUCCUUAAUGAUUUGUACAACUGCAGUUUUAUUAGGGGUAUAUUGUAAAGAUGGAUAAUUUAAUAAUAAAAGUAAAUAUUUGUUGUAA